ACCUUUCAGGACUCUUCAGUCAAGAAUUGAACAUUGAUGAAAUUUUAUUGCAUUAAUCAGUAAAAUAUUAUUGUUUACGUCAAAUUAGUUUACUGUUUGUUUGUGGUUUGUGAUCUUCAUUUUUCAUAAUGGGUAAAGAUUACUACAAAAUUUUAGGAAUAUCCAAAGAUGCAAACGACGAUGAUAUCAAAAAGGCUUACAAAAAGAUGGCCCUUAAAUAUCAUCCGGACAAGAAUAAAGCAGCCGGAGCCGAAGAGAAGUUCAAAGAGAUCGCUGAAGCCUACGAUGUGCUAUCUGACAAAGAAAAAAGGAAGCUUUACGAUAUGGUUGGCGAAGAAGGUUUGAAAAAUGGUGCUGGUACGCCUGGUGGUCCAGAUGGAAUGCCUAACGGCUCUGGCUUCUCUUAUGUUUAUACUGGAGAUCCAAGGGCGACGUUUGAACAAUUUUUCGGUGCCUCCAAUCCUUUUGAAGUAUUAUUCGGAAUGGGAGGAUUGGGAGGUCAUGAUGAUAUGAUGGACAUUGAUGGUUCUAAUGGUUUCCCUGGUGGAAUGUUUAGACAAACUCAAUGCGGAGGUAACGGUUUCAGAACUCAAUCCUUCACUAAUGGAGGAACAUCCGGUGUAAAUAGACGUCGUCCCCCUGAACAAGAUCCUCCUGUUGAACACGAUUUAUAUGUAACUCUUGAAGAAUUACUUAAAGGAACUACCAAACGAAUGAAAAUUACACGUAAAGUCAUCAGUCCUGAUGGUAAAUCUUACAGACAAGAAGAUAAAAUUUUAAGUGUUAAUAUUAAACCAGGAUGGAAAGCUGGUACAAAGAUAACUUUCCAAAGGGAAGGAGACCAAAAAAUGAAUAGCAUUCCUGCAGAUAUUGUAUUUAUUAUAAGAGAUAAACCCCAUCCAUUAUUUAAAAGAGAAGGAGCAGAUAUUAAGUAUACCGCCAAAAUUUCCCUUAGAGAAGCUUUAUGCGGAACUUCUAUUAAAGUACCAACAUUACUCGGCACCAAAGUUGAUCUCAAAUUAACGGAUAUUGUUAACCCAAAAACUACUCGAAGACUGUCUGGUCAAGGUUUACCAUAUCCUAAAGAACCAAAUCGUAGGGGUGAUUUGAUAAUAGGGUUUGAUAUUAAAUUCCCGGAGAAUCUUAGUGAAUCUACAAAACAACUGCUUUGGAGUAAUCUCUUGUGAUGAUUAUCAAUUUUAUCUUACUAUACAAAAAACUGAACUGAUUAAUUUACGUUGUUAAAACUCAUGUUCAUAAAAUGCAUCAUAAAAUUUAAAAUUAUAUCAUAAACAUCAUUACAUUGUCAUUUCUCUUUAUCAUCAAAUAAAAUCAUCAAUUU